GCGAGCGGCGCGGCGAGCGGGCCGGCCCGGGGCCAGCCACGCCGGCGCCAUGGAGGAGGGCUCCAGCUCGCCCGUGUCCCCCGGGGACAGCCUGGGCACCAGCGAGGAGGAGCUCGAGCGGCAGCCCAAGCGCUUCGGCCGGAAGCGGCGCUACAGCAAGAAGUCCAGCGAAGAUGGCAGCCCGACGCCUGGCAAGCGCGGCAAGAAGGGCAGCCCGAGCGCUCAGUCCUUCGAGGAGCUGCAGAGCCAGCGCAUCUUGGCCAACGUGCGCGAGCGCCAGCGCACGCAGUCGCUCAACGAGGCCUUCGCGGCGCUGCGCAAGAUCAUCCCCACGCUGCCCUCGGACAAGCUGAGCAAGAUCCAGACGCUCAAGCUAGCCGCCAGGUACAUAGACUUCCUCUACCAGGUCCUGCAGAGCGACGAGAUGGACAAUAAGAUGACCAGCUGCAGCUACGUGGCCCACGAGCGCCUCAGCUACGCCUUCUCCGUGUGGCGCAUGGAGGGCGCCUGGUCCAUGUCCGCUUCCCACUAGCGCCUGCCACCGCCCGGACCGGCGCCAGGACUGUCCCGUGUGUCUGCGGCUGAAGUGGGACUGGGAUGUAUCCAAGGCUGUAACUUCUGAAACCCGAACGACCUCAAGGAGACCCCCACCCUGCUGUCAGCCCAGAGGAACAGCAGCAGCCUCGACUUUAAGACCCCAGACUUGGCAAUCUCAUCUCUCCAGGGACCACCCGCAGAUGGAAGUGGCUCUUACAGUCUUUCUUGCCAAUGGCAUUUCCAUUAUUAUCCUCGUCGCUGUUCAGACUUUUCCUCCAGGUUUUGUUUUGGGGAUCGGAGGUUAGGAGCCCUGGUGGUGCAACAGUUAAGCACUUGGCUACUAACUGAAAGGUUGGCGGUUCGAACCCACCCAGCAGCUCUGGGAGAGAAAGACCUGGUAAUCUGCUCCUAUAAAGAUUAGAGCCUCAGAAACCCUCUGGGGCAGUUCUACUCUGACCUAUAGGGUCACUGUGAGUUGGAAUCAACUCCACGGCACCCAACAACAUCAUUCUUUCUAAACAUCUCUAGAUUCAGGAACACACAAGAAUUUGGAUGGUGGAAUUGUAUUUCCCUCUAAGUGCCUCUUUUAAUGUAUAUUUUUUUAAUAAAACAGAAAUGCAUUCCUGUACCAUUCUGUUGAAACUGGACCCAGGCUCUCAGAGCCCCUUCCCCACCGCUCAGCCUCUGCCUGAUUGUUUCAAGUAAACCUGGAAUCCUUCUCCCCGCCCCUCUGCCAUUUCUCUUUCUCUGUGAUUUGCUCAGCUAACCAUUUUUUAUAUUUUCUGUUUCAGUGUAUAUGUUGCUUAUGUGUUUUAUUUAUUGAGAUAUUUUUAACAAGCUACGUGACUGCCUUCUGACUGUGUGUACCGCCUCCCCUCCUGGGAACAAUAAAGACGUCAGCUCA